GCUUACAAUUGCGUAAGGUUGUAAGUUACGAGUUGAGCAGCCGCUCUUGCCCACUUUCUGGCACCCAGAACGAAAGACAGAUCGUUCCUGCCAUUCAGCGACAACCUUGAAUCGUGCUUUCUCAUCCAACCCUUCUGCAUCGUGACUUCCCCUCUUAAAUACAUACCGACUUCCACAAACUCUUCUCUCUUGUUUCUGUUCCCUCAACAUCACCAACCAUUCACUCUUGCUCCCUCCAAAUCCCGCUUUUACUUAUAUUGAGCUUCCGCAUACAAGGUAUCUAUACGCUGUUAUCGAUUUUCCUGUUCUUAUUACAUUAUGGAUCCUCCUCCAAUGAACCCCGAGCUCUCCAAGGACAGAUCUCGUAUCGCCAUCCUCGGCGCUGGCUCAGUCGGUUCGGCUAUUGCCCUCUGCCUCAUUCUCAACCCUGUUUCCAGCGAAGUCCUGCUGGUAGAUCCCAAAGCAGAUUUACGAGACGCUCAAGUCAAAGAUCUCAGUGAUGCUACCACCUAUCAUGGUGCUGUUGGUGGAGGAGGCGUCAGGAUUCGCAGCGGAACCCACAAAGAGGCUGGCCAAUGUGACAUUGUCGUCAUCAGCGCCGGUGCAAAACAGAGACAAGGUGAAUCCCGCACAGAUUUGUUAGGCCGCAAUCUAGCCAUCCUCAAUUCGGCCAUUGGAGAUAUGAAACCUUUCAGAGAUGAUACUGUCAUCCUCCUUGUUGCCAAUCCCGUCGACGUUCUCACGUACUUUGCCCGCAAGUUCACCGGUUUGCCAGAAGGCCAAGUCAUAGGGAGUGGGACUUUCCUCGACAGUGCACGUUUGCGUGGCAUCUUGGCUGAGAAAAUCGACGUCGAUGCUGGCAGUGUGGACGCCUAUGUCCUCGGUGAACAUGGGGAGACUCAGCUGGUUGCCUGGUCUCUCAUUACAAUCGGCGCAUUGCCCCUUGAUCAAGCAUUGCCACCAAGUACCAUACUUGACAGAAAAGAGAUUGCGGCAGAAACAAAAGACAAAGCAGCAAAGAUUAUUGAGGCCAAAGGUGCUACGGCCUACGGUAUUGGCGCUUUAACGGCUAGCAUCUGCAAAAGCAUUCUCUUUGAUCAACGCAUUGUUCGUCCUAUAUCCCACUGGAACGAAGAAUUAGGAUGUUGUCUCAGUUUACCGGUCGUCCUGGGCAGGAAGGGGGUUGUGAGAACACUCAAGAUUCCAUUGAAUGAAGAAGAGGACCAACUGCUUCGCAACAGUGCACAGACCUUGAGGGCUCUCAUCGACGAGGCUGGUUCGGAUGCCUAGCCUGAUGGAAGAGCGCGAUUAAUCGAUUGUCUAGAGAAGAAGGGGGAGGGGUGAUCGUUGCUCUUCACUAGAGACCUAUAAACAGUCGUACUGAUUCACCGCCCAAGAUAUUGAUAUUGCCACGAAUAAUCCAUGCCCAUCAUGACAUGGUCUACCAGAACACCCACAUUGAUCGAG